AUGGAAGAAGAAAUGGCGAAUAACUCAAGUUCUCCGGUUGAUAGCAACAGUCCUAUAGUUUCCAACUCUAAACAGAAUUAUUGGAAUUCAAUUGACCUAGAAUGGAGAGACCUAGAAUGGAGACUUGGUAUUGACAUUACUAUCUUUGUCGUUGCUGUUAUUGGCAACCUUACGGUCCUUGUGGUCAUUUACACUACCAGAGAACGACGAAAGACAUCAUUUGAGAUCCUCAUUGCUAACCUCAGUGUAGCUGACAUCCUAUCCGUGUUGCUAUACUUUAUAAUACAGUACUUCAACAUACCACUUUCAAAAUGGUAUUGCAAACAUCAAGGCCUAUUUUUCUCCAGUACCCAAAUGGUGACCGUGCUUACAAUGACGACUAUUGCAAUAUUUCGAUGUCGAUCCAUUGUUCAUCCUUUCAAAACCAAGCCCUCAAGCAAGUUCACAUACUGUACUAUGGCAGGGCUGUGGCUUUUAGCAAAUAUUUGUCUCAUUCCAGUUUAUUUAGUAAGGGAACAAUAUCAUGGAAGGUGUGAAGAAAUCUGGCCAUCAGAGCUAUUAAACAAGGUCUACACAGUCUCUUUAUUCGUUGUCCAGAACGUUAUCCCUACGACUAUUAUGGCCAUCUCUUACACUAAGAUUAUCUUGAAUUUAAAACGACACAAAGUUCCCCAGUGUUGUUUGAACAGUAACAGAAUUAACCAGCUCAAAAUGACUCGAAAGAGAGACCUGGAAGUCAUCAAAAUCUCUCUUAUUAUCGUACUUUUGUACAAUAUUUCUACCUUACCACAUCAAAUAGCUUGGAUAGACAUGAUCGUUUUCGAAAGCUACGAUGUGGCAAGCGUGAUUUUUAAGUUUUCUCCUCAGUUGUUGUUGCUUCAUUCCUGUUGUAAUCCCUUCGUUUAUGGCACAAUAUCUCGUAAAUUUCGCUCUCGAUUCGUUCAGGUGUUUUGGAGCAUUACAUGUUGCUUCUGCAAGAUAAGGAGGACUCAAACGGGCGUGUUACAAACAGAACAAGGGCAAAUGAAAAAUGCCUGUGAAGACUUGGAAAUGAUUGAGAUAAAAGGUUAUGUAAAAAGAGAUGGAACUGCAAUCGUACCUACUACACCGGCCGACCGACCGAACAAUGAACCGACAAAGCAACCAUCUAACCAACUGAACCGUAAAGAUUAA